UUAAUUUUACAACGAAUUAUAACAUAUCCAGCGGGAUAUUUUUCUCCUAUCAAAACAACCUUACCUAUUCUAACCUCAAAAAUUAGAUCAACAUACGACCACAUUAUGCGAGAUUUCGUAGAUCCGUAGCUCACGUAAAUCAAAGAAUGACUUGUCUUUACUUACUUUUAAUUACGCUUCAAUAGCUUUGCUCACAACCAGAGACAGAAUAUCUCCUCGCACUGUUGUUUUUUCAUUGUUUACACAACAAUCUCGUCUCAGUAUAAGAAUACUGCUGUGAAGAUUGCCAAAGUGAUCUUUGAUUACUGCCUGAAUUAUAGCUUCAUGUCCAUAUUGUUUGGCAGAUUUUUUGCUGAUAGCUUUUGCAUGUGUCAGAAAACUACUUGAAAUCCUACCCAGGCUGUGACGCCACUUUUCACAAUUUAAUUUAAGCAAGGAUUCACGUCUACGCUGUGGCGUCUACUGAGUGCUCCACAAGUUCACAUUGAUCAGACAGUAAUCGCAAUAUGGAAGGGACAGCUGACGAAGAGAAAGAAGGAAUAGUGGAAAUGUGCCGUUUGUGCGCCAAAACUGGUUUAGGACAUAUUCCAAUUUUUGCUGACAAGAAUUCUGCAGUGGCUGAAAAAAUAAGCAGAUGUCUGCCUAUAAUUGUACUGAUGACUGAUGAGUUACCAUUAUUUGUAUGCCAAAACUGCUUUUAUUACUUGAACAUUAGUUAUAAACUAAUUGUUGAUUCUAUAAAAACUGAUACUCUUCUGCGAUCACAGUUAGCAGCAUUAAAUAAACCAGAUUGUUUUGAUGCGAAAAGUGAUGCAGAGGAAAUAGUACAAGAAGUUACAGUUAAAAUAGAUAGUAGUCAGUUAUCUAAGCAAUACAUAGAAGACUUUGACGAAAGUUUAAAGGUUCCGAUAAAAUGUGACUUGUGUGACAAGAUAUUUGAGGAUAUGAAUGUAUUUGAUACCCACAUUGAAGAGGAUCAUCUAUUAGAAUGGCCAUGUAAUUUUUGCGACAAUAGUUACCGAGAGUCCACAGAUCUAUUGGCGCACAAAGAAACCAGUCAUUUCGGAGAAAUCACAACCUGUGAAGACUGCACGAAUCCAAAGUUACAAACUGACAAUUCACCAGACACAUAUAAACCUGAAUCAAUGGAUUUAUCAGAUAUUCACGAGGAACGUUUAGUCACUGCAUCAGAGGCUGUGAUCCCAGAAAAAAAACUGGCUAAAAAUUCUCUGGAAGUAAUCUGCAAAGUAUGCAAAAUUACCGUAGAAAAUUCCAAGCUGCUUUCUAAGCAUUACAAUAUUCACAGAAGAAAAAUUGCCAGAUGCCAUACCUGCCAAGUACGGUGUCAUUCAAUUUAUGACUUGUUUUUACACAAACGGAUGGCUCAUAAUAUGUACAAAAAAGUUAACUUAAGAUUUGUAUGCGACAUGUGUGAUAAAAUAUUUUCAAACAGUUCUCAAUGGCAACACCACAUGGAUAAGGCAUGUCCUAGAAAGUUUUCUGUUCAUUCCUGCAAGUAUUGUAAAAACAGUUUUUCAACACAUCACAAACUUACGUAUCAUCUAAGGAAACAUAAAAAGGAAAUGUUGGACGACCCCGAUGUAACUGUAUAUAAAUGUGUUGCAUGUCCUAAAGUAUUUGUGGACCAACAAUUUUACCAGAAACAUAGAAAUGUACAUGAUCCAGAAUGCUGGGACAAAUUCAAAUGCACCCUAUGCAAUCGAUCUUUUAGAGACAGAGUCAGAUUGAGAGAACACAAUCAAUCUGUUCAUGAAGGAGUUCGACCUCACCAAUGCGAUGUUUGUGGUCGUAUGUUUCAUCGUUCAUCAAACAUGAAGGCUCAUAGAACGAAACAUUUUGGCCAUAAGUGCUCUCAAUGUGAAGAAAUAUUCCAAACUGUACGGCUACUUACUAAUCACAUGCAGGACGUUCACGAAAUUGAAGUAAAUUUAAAAAAUCCUGCAAGAAAAUACAGUAGUAGUUGUUACGUUUGCAGAUUUUGUGGGAAACAACUUGCCACCAAUCAGUCGAUUCUUGAUCACGAACGCAUUCACACUGGUGAAAAACCCUACAGUUGUAAUUUGUGCGAUAAGACUUUCAGAAGCUACACUGCCAGAUGGGCUCAUGUUCAACGUCAUAAAAAGGGAAGUUAUGUAUGUGAGCACUGCGGUAAAUGCUUCAGUUACAAACAGAACUUGACAACCCAUGUGCAAAUACAUGUUCCCAAUGAAGAACGGAAGCAUCCAUGUUCAAAAUGUGGCAAACGCUUCUUGAGGAAAGCGCAUCUCAAUGUGCACAUGCGUAUUCACGACGGAGUACGUCCCUAUGCUUGUGACAUCUGUUUAUUUAGAUUCACACAAUUAGGAGACAUGAAACGGCAUCGUGCGAGACAUGCGAAUGGUGAAGUUCGCCUGAGUUUUCCCCGCAGGAAAACAGUGCAAGAAGAUUUGCAAAUUGAUGGAUAUGGUGCUGCAGCGCAGAAACUUUAACAUUUUUCAUUCAGUUGUGCACUGUCAUUAAUUUUUAAACAGUUCAACGUACAUCUUGAAUUUCGAAAUCGUGCCGAAGUUUUAAUUCUAUUUUUGUACAUUAUAAGGAAUUAUCAUGUUAUCUUUCUGUUGAGCUAUAUUUAAUUUUAAAUAACAUGUGAAAAAUUCAAGUAAAAUAUUUUUAUCGGACUGGACGUACUUGAAACAAUUUGAGCGAAAAAAUUGCAUAGAACUUCGUGUUCUUGAUUAUGGAAAUGAAGAGAAUUCAUUCAUUAAUUAUA